AUGCGCCUAUAGAGGCGGGACUCGUCUUGUUUAGCCCCAGCCUCCCUAUACAGCUCCAUUAACACCUUGUACGCUGAGUCUUUCGACUUUGCAUCAACUCUUACUUCUGUUCUACGCAACAUCUCGAUCGCUUUUCUUCUUGAACCGCCUUUCAAGUAAGCCUUUGCCAUGCUUAUUCCCGUUUGCCACGCCAGUUGGAAUCGCGGGUUUUCAUCUUCUAAUCCCAUCAGAAACUUCUCCAUUGCCUCCACAUCAGGGAUGCUUUUGAAGAACUUCUCUGCUUCUCUCAACCCUGAGUGGAUCUCAACAAGAUAAAGCCGAGAUGCAAAAUAUUCAGAGCUUACAUCGAAAACCCCUCGUUUAGGUAUCCACUCUAAGACCUAA